AGUACUAUUUGUUUUAUGUACUUUGUCUGAGAUUGAUUUUUCCUGUGGUCAUAGAGUAAAACUAAAAUAAUAUAGGUAAUAAAAUAAAAUUAUAGUGGUGUCCAAAAUUCGAAUAUUUUGUACAAAAUUAUUAAGCUUCAAGGACCAAAAUUAUCAUGGCUAAAAGAUCUAAUCCUUACAGCGAGGAUUACAUACAGCAAAGCAAGACUCACGUUGGACUAAAGCAAUUUAAUAACAAUGAGGAUAGGCUGAAAAAAGUUUAUGAAAAAACAUUGCAGCUGUUGUUUAAGGGAGCAAAGAAAACACUGCAAAAUGAGCUAUUGCAAUGCUCUGAUGUAAGCUCUACUGAGAAGAAAGAUGGCAUGAAGUUUAAGCAACUCUUCAUCAGCAAGAAUGGUGGACUUGUGCAUUCUGGAACUUUGCCCAUAGAGAAGAAUGUUGUGACACAACAUUGUGCCUGCAACAGCCUCGCGGCAGAGAACUGCACCUACUGUGAGAUUGAUCUGUGUGCUGCGUGCCGGCACCAGUGCACAGCGUGCCAGCUGGUACACUGUUCGAAGUGUUCCUUAAUUGGGUCAGAGGGAUCAGAAAUAUGUGUUUCAUGUUACAGUUGAUUUUAUUAGUGGUAGAUUAAUUUACAAAUGUUAAUAAAUGAUAAAGUGAAUAAAUAUUAAGGUCAAAAUGUGAUACUAUAAUUAAUUUUGUACUGUUUUUACUGGCUAAAAGCUGUUUGUUUAAAAUGAAUUUAAAGUAGUUAAGGAUAAAUAAAAAAUGAGUAUUUU